AAACUUCUGAAAGUGGAAAUGCCGGGAAAGAUUCAUUUGUGUGAUGAGGUGUGGACAUCCGAAAGUGGUUUGCUGACUGAAGCGCUGAAAUUGAAACGUAGACCACUUCAGGAGAAAUAUGAAGAUAUCAUCAGUGACUUGUAUCAAAACCAUCGUUCUGGAGAUCAUAAAUAG